GGGUAGCUCCUCCCGGGACAAGGACCGAAGUGCAACGGUCACUAGUUCUGUGCCCAUGCCUGCUGGAGGGAAGGGCAGCCGGCCUAGCUGCCCCCCGUCCAUACCGCAGAGAGCCCCUAACCGCCUCGUCAACGAGAAGUCACCAUACCUGCUGCAGCAUGCCUACAACCCAGUGGACUGGUACCCCUGGGGACAGGAAGCCUUCGACAAGGCCAGGAAAGAAAACAAGCCAAUUUUCCUCUCAGUGGGGUACUCCACCUGCCACUGGUGCCACAUGAUGGAGGAGGAGUCCUUCCAGAACGAGGAGAUUGGCCGCCUGCUCAGUGAGGACUUCGUCAGUGUGAAGGUGGACAGGGAGGAGCGGCCGGAUGUCGACAAAGUGUACAUGACCUUCGUGCAGGCCACCAGCAGCGGUGGGGGCUGGCCCAUGAGUGUGUGGCUGACUCCCAACCUCCAGCCCUUUGUAGGGGGCACGUAUUUCCCCCCUGAGGAUGGCUUGACCCGAGUUGGCUUCCGCACGGUGUUGCUCCGAAUACGGGACCAGUGGAAACAGAACAGGAACACCCUUUUAGAAAACAGCCAGCGUGUCACAGCAGCCCUGCUGGCCCGGUCGGAGAUCAGCAUGGGCGACCGCCAGCUGCCGCCCUCUGCUGCCACCAUGAACAGCCGCUGCUUCCAGCAGCUGGAUGAGGGCUACGACGAGGAGUAUGGUGGCUUCGCUGAGGCCCCCAAGUUCCCCACGCCGGUGAUCCUGAGCUUCCUCUUCUCCUACUGGCUCAGCCAUCGAAUAACCCAGGAUGGCUCUCGGGCCCAGCAGAUGGCCUUGCAUACCCUGAAAAUGAUGGCCAACGGGGGCAUCCGGGACCAUGUGGGGCAGGGCUUUCACCGCUACUCCACGGACCGCCAGUGGCUCGUCCCCCACUUUGAGAAGAUGCUGUAUGACCAGGCACAGCUUGCGGUGGCCUAUUCGCAGGCUUUCCAGAUUUCUGGUGACGAAUUCUACUCCGACGUUGCCAAAGGUAUCCUGCAGUAUGUGUCCAGGAGCCUGAGUCACCGGUCUGGAGGCUUCUACAGUGCAGAGGACGCGGACUCACCCCCAGAGCGGGGCAUGCGGCCGAAAGAGGGUGCUUUCUAUUUGUGGACAGUCAAGGAGAUCCAGCAGCUCCUCCCCGAGCCUGUGCUGGGUGCCAGUGAGCCGCUGACCUCCGGCCAGCUCCUCACGAAGCACUACGGGCUCACAGAGGCAGGCAAUAUCAGCCCCAACCAGGACCCCAAGGGGGAGCUGCAGGGCCAGAACGUGCUCAACGUCCGGUACUCGCUGGAGCUGACCGCUGCCCGCUUUGGCUUGGACGUGGAGGCUGUACGGACCUUGCUCAAUUUGGGGCUAGAGAAGCUCUUCCAGGUCCGGAAACAUCGACCAAGGCCACACCUGGACUCCAAGAUGUUGGCUGCCUGGAAUGGGCUGAUGGUGUCUGGCUACGCAGUGACCGGGGCUGUCCUGGGCAUGGACAGGCUUAUCAACUGUGCCAUCAAUGGUGCCAAGUUCCUGAAGCGGCACAUGUUUGACGUGGCCACUGGCCGCCUGAUGCGGACCUGCUACGCGGGCUCUGGGGGGACAGUGGAGCACAGCGACCCGCCCUGCUGGGGCUUCUUGGAGGACUACGCCUUCGUGGUACGGGGCCUGCUGGACCUGUACGAAGCCUCUCAGGAGAGCGCGUGGCUCGAGUGGGCUCUGCGGCUGCAGGACACUCAGGACAGGCUCUUCUGGGACUCCCGUGGUGGCGGCUACUUCUGCAGUGAGGCUGAGCUGGGGGCUGGCCUGCCUCUGCGCCUGAAGGACGACCAGGAUGGUGCAGAGCCCAGCGCUAACUCUGUGUCGGCCCACAACCUGCUCCGGCUGCAUGGCUUCACGGGCCACAAGGACUGGAUGGACAAGUGUGUGUGCCUGCUGACUGCCUUCUCUGAGCGCAUGCGCCGUGUCCCGGUGGCACUGCCCGAGAUGGUCCGUGCCCUCUCAGCCCACCAGCAGACCCUUAAGCAGAUUGUGAUCUGUGGAGACCCCCAGGCGAAGGACACCAAGGCUCUGGUGCAGUGUGUCCACUCUGUCUACAUCCCCAACAAGGUGCUGAUCCUGGCCGACGGGGACCCUUCGAGCUUCCUAUCCCGCCAGCUGCCCUUCCUAAACACCCUGCGACGGCUGGAGGACCAGGCCACUGCAUACGUGUGUGAGAACCAGGCCUGCUCAAUGCCCAUCACCGAGCCCUGUGAACUACGAAAACUGCUGCUCCAGUGACUGUCCCUACCCCUCAGACUGAGGCAGAAGGUGGCACUCCCCAACUGGCCAGAGACUCCGGCUCUGCAGGACC